AUGAAGCUUUUCAACUUUUUCCUUGCCUUCGCCGCUGCCAUCCCGCAGAACGGAACUCAAACUGAGCAAGUUUCGGAUCAAGUUCCCCAAACUUCGAACCAGGUCCCCCAGACUUCCAACCAAAGUGAGCAGGUUUCGAACCAGGUUGCUCAGAACUCGACCCAAGAAGAGCAGGUCUCCGAUCAAAUUCCUCAAGUUUCGAACCAGAUUCCUCAAUCAUCCAACCAGCAACCACAGGUUUCGAACCAAAGUGAGCAGAUCUCGAACCAGGUUGCUCAGAACGCCACCCAAGAGGAACAGGUUUCCGACCAAAUUCCCCAAGUUUCAAACCAGCAACCACAACAGUCCAACCAACAAGAGCAAGUCUCCAACCAGGUUGCUCAGAAUUCAACCCAGCAAGAACAAGUUUCGAACCAGACCUGGUAA